CACGGCGUCCAUAGAAACGAGGAAGUCAGAGAGUAAAACAGCGAAUGCAAAAUGAAUUAAUUUAGAAGAAAUCACUUUCAAGUUUAUCUAGGUGGCUGACAAGAAAGCAGUCUGUUACAAAUGUCUAUAAAGCAACCAUCCACUCAUUCGCCACCAACGGUGCCAAAGACAAAGGAUCGAAGGAUCAAGCCCAGCCAGUCUAUGUCUAUAGCAGAGCGCGACAGAGAGCUUGCAGAACUGAAGGAGAAAUUGGUGCUGCUUGAACCCACAAAUCCCAUACCCACAUCCCUGAAGAAUGACUUCAUCCCAGAUGAGAUUCUCCUUACUCUCACAUCUACAGUCAAACCCUCCAGUCCUACCCACGUUCUGGGACCUCCUAGGAUCACAAGGACACCAAAGGAAUUCAAGGGCCAUGGUCUCAGAGGGGCAGACCCAGUGUGGCGCUAUCCUGAACGCCGAAAUAAAUACAAGUAUUUUUUUGACCAACCCACCUCUGUGACAGGUGCUGGCAGGGAUAUCUCCUUUUUGUGUGAUGGAAUUGCAUCUAAAAGGGCAAUAACACCUGUGCCUUCUCCUUCAGAUGUGAGCUGUGCACAAGACAAGCAAGAUCAUUUCCAAAAUGCAUCCAAACAGGAACUCGGACUGAUGGAAAGCUUGAUUCCAGAGGAAUAUCACAUUGUGAAGAACAAAGGAGUGCUGGGACUAGAGUGCUAUGAGGAUAAAUACACAGUGCUGUUGGAAGACAGUGACAAGAGACUUAGAGUUUUUCCCUCACUGAAGCCCAGUGGGAGGCUUGAGGCUGUCCAGCUGAUGAGGGUGAUGGACACUAUGCUGGAAAAGGCAGGGAUUAGUGAUGACAUCAGUGAAGUUACAGACCUCUCACAGAUGCACAGCCUUUUAGAACUGGUGAAAAUCGAGCAGAACAUCUACAAUGUUGUUUUCCAUGAGCUCAUUCGCCAGAUCACAGUAGAGUGUGCAGAACGUGGGAAACUGCUGUCUAAGCUCAGGCAGAGAUACAUUUUACUUUUGGACCGGAUCCCCCGUCAGUUGAAAAGCCUCCAUACAGAGACAGUGGCUUUGCGGGCACUGGACAGACGACUCACUGAGGAGAUUGUAUGCUUUAAAACUUCCAUUGGACAACUCCACAAUGAGCUGACCCUGCUGAGACAGCAUGACUUGAGAGUAUCCAAAGCAGCUGAGUGUGCACAGGAGGAGAUGGCCAGGGUUCUGCAGCAGGCCCAGAAAAAUGCAGACCUUGUAGGAGAGUACCAUGAGCUGUAUGAGAUGCAAAGGCGCAGGCUAGAGUCCCAGGUGUCUCAUCUCACUGAGGAAAGAGACCUGUGGAGCAGAGUCACUUACAGCCUUGCAUUGAAGGUAAUUAAAGCAAAUAAUCUCCACUUUGCAAGUAAACUUCAAAUUAGUGAACAGACAUGGUCUAAAACAGCAGAACAUUUUACAAUUCUCCUGAUGUCCAAGGACACAGAAGACUUCGGACAGAUCUUACAACUGGCAGAUCAGUGGAAGUCAUUGGUGGGUCAUUUUAUGCAGGACCUUCGGCAGUCAGAGAACUCUGUUUUUGAAAAAGUGAAGAUGAUUGAAGCAAGGAUUGCCAAGUGGCAGAAAUUGUAUGAGGAAAAAGUCAAAGCAAAUGAAGGAUCUCAGAAGGACUUAGAGCAGGAUUUAUUCCAGGAAUUAAAGCAAUGGCAAGAAAUGCUCACAUAUGAGUGUGAGCGCUAUGGAGGGGAUAAGCUGCUGUCCAGUCAGGAAGCACUGAAGACCAUGGUGCAGCUGCAGGAGAAGUGGAUGGAUUUGGCCCUGGUGCUUUUCAGGAGGCACCCUGGGCCUGAUGGGGAGACAUCCCAUUGUCAAGUCAUGAUGAUGGACCUGGGCAGAAUUCUGGAGGAGCUGCACAAGCAACUAGGAAUCAGAAUCACUGGAGAGAGUGGAAUCCAUAAGAUUAUGUUGUCUUUGGUUGGGGAAAUUGAAUUCUGGUCCUCAAGGCUUUCUGCUGUUAGUGGACUUUCAGGUGGAUUGCCCUAUUCUGAUUGGCUGAAAUUGCAAAAGGCCUUUUCUGGUUGGAGCAAGUUUGUCGAAGAAACUUUUCAGCUCAUAGAUUGCACUCACCCAGAGAGUGACCAACUGAAGCAGAAGGCCUAUGUCAGAGUUGACAUCGAGGAGGCUUUUCACAAGCAGCAAGAAUUUCUGUCAAUGCUGUCAAACAUUAUCGAAUUUGAAAACUACAGGCUUAAAGAGGAGUGCAGUGCCAUACACAUCUCCCUAACACAGUGGAUCUUAGACUUGCUGCUCCAGAUGGUGCCUGACUGCUGUGAUGAGAAAAAGCUGCAGCCAUCCUCUGAGAAGGAGGCCAAAAAUGUAGUUGCUAUUAAGAGGCUGGAAGAAGACGCAAUGUAUCUUACACAGAAACUGGAUCACUUUUCAAAAUACUUAACAAGUUCUUGUCAGGCUAUUGUUGAAGAAGACCUGCAGAAGCAUACGGCCGAGGACGAGCCAGUGGACGGAUUGUAUGAGCUCACCAAACUCCAGGUAGAGCAGGAGUGCUCAGAGUGGUUGGAGACAUGUCAAAUCCUGCUGUCAGAGAUUAAAGGCUGCCCAUUGGAGCAGCUGGCUCCCUCUACUCAGGUGGUCAGCUUUGUCACAGAUCUACCCCCAGUGCAAGACAGUGAGGAAUCAGUGGAGGCUGGAGCAAGCCCUGUUGAGUCAGUUGAGAUCAGCAAGGAAACAUCCUCCCUGAGGUUCAUAGGUCAUGAUGGCAACAUCCAAGAGAAGACUCUGAGGGAGUUGACAGUGCCCUUGAAGGAGGAUGAUGACGUGGUAGAUCGUCCUGAGACUCCCAAUGCACAAAGAGCAUUUGAGGCUUUGGCUGCAGUGGACGUUUUACAGCGAGAGCUUUUGAGUGCAGAGGAGAGGGCUCAACGGGCAGAGAAGAAAGCCCUCAGCACAGAGGAGCAGCUGCGAUCCGCAUUGGAGAAGAUCCAGAACCUGGAGCAGCAGCUUAAGGGCAGAACCAACCUCGAAGACAUGGAUGAAAAGAAGGUGGUUCCCAGUAAAGUUCAACUUCCCAGGGAGGUGGUAUCAGGCUGCUCUAAAUCCACUCUGAAAAUACCCAAGUCUGAGAAAUCCUCCAAGAAGUCCUGAAAUUCCACAAACAUUUGGAUUCCCAAAAGAGACAUUCUUCAGAGCACAGCAGUCACUGGGAGUUACAACUAUUGUGAAGAGUUCCAUAGUAAGAAUCCUUCAAUGAAUAAUAAAUAUCUUUUAAGAAUUACUAAUAUGUCACUGAUGAUGUUUUUACAGCAAAUAAACAUUUCAUGGGGCUAA